AGAAACCGCCUCAAAACUCUUCUAGAUUGUACUCGAUGCUUCUCUUCUAAGAAACCUUCUCACUCAGCUCACACACUGCCUACACGACCAUGCUUUCCUCUCUCCAUUAUUUCACUUUCUAUAUUAGGAGUUUCCUUUCUCCAUUUCUCCUCUGCCCCGUUGCUGCUCUAGUCUUCUCUCUUCUCUUCUCUUCUCAACAAAGUCCAAAAAUACAAAAACAUAAAUUAACAGUUUAAAUCACAAUCGAAAAUAUGUUCGGCGUCGUCUUCCCGAACCGUAGCUUCCCAAUGGACAUCUCCUCCUUCUCCCAAAUCGACACCUUCCACUGGAUCCUCGACAUGAACACCUUCGUUGGGGAGGCCUACGAUCAGGUCCGCGAAAUGUGUAUCUUCCUCUUAAACAACUUCACCCUCCCACCGGACAAAGCCCUAGCCGUCUACAUCCAGUCCCCCGGCUCGUCCUUCUUCUUCUGCGGCGCCGUCACCGUGGCUCGGCCGUCGGCUGUGCUCGCCUUGCCGUGGCCGGAGCCCGGCGGCGAGCUUCAGCUCACUGCCGACGCGGUGCCGCUGUCGGCCAAAAUUGGUGUGUCGGUGGAGGACCUGGCGUCGCUGCCGUCGCUCGACGUCACCGCCGAGAAGCGAAUAGAGCGAUUGGCGAUGAAGGUUGGGGAGAAUCUGUUCAAUUUCAUGCAGUCGUUUUGUGGUGUGGAUGGGUCUAAGCUGGUGGUGCCUAUGGAUAUUUUGGAUCGGUGGUUCAAGAAGUUUCAGGAGAGAGCUAAGCGCGACCCUGAGUACCUGAAAGGCUUCGCUUUGUAGUUUUGUAAGCUCUGCUCUGUACUUUUCUCUGUAUUGUUUGGUUAAAAGAAGUUGAAUUUUAAAUUUGUAACGUGUUUUAUGAAAAUUGUGAGUUGAUUUUGGUACUGACUGUUUUUUGUUUGGGUGAAUUUCGAUUGAUGACCAGUUUCAAACCAACUGUUUAGCAAACGCUAGAAAACUUCCCUUACUUUAGAAAUGUGUGGGAAACUAUACUGGAGUUUUGGUGAUGACAAGGGUAUUAAGGGACGAGAAGAAUAGGUACAAAAUUGUGGGUUGUGAAUGAGAGAGAAUUGGUGGUAUGGUAUGCAGGUAGAGUUUUGAAA